ACAGAGGGAAAGCAACUCCCCGUGUCCAUCACUUCACCAAGGCACAAUAAACCACUCAACACAAGUUACCCACUAGACAGCAACCCGGAGAGAGAAACCCAAGAUGGCCCCGAUCUCCAUCAAGACUGUGUUAGUCAGUGAAAGUGUUGACCCUCGCUGCAGGGCGAUUCUGGAGGAAAAUGGCAUCCGAGUUACGGAGAAACAGAAUAUGAAAAAGGAUGAAUUGAUCGCGGAGAUAAAGGACUAUGAUGGCCUUGUGGUUAGGUCUGCAACUAAGGUAACAGCUGAUGUUAUCAAUGCUGCUGAUAAUCUCAAAAUCAUUGGGAGAGCUGGGACCGGUGUGGACAAUGUGGAUGUUGAUGCUGCCACCAAAAAGGGUAUUAUUGUCAUGAACACUCCAAGCGGAAACACGAUCAGUGCCGCAGAGCUGACAUGUGCCCUGUUGAUGAGCCUCUCAAGAAAUGUGCCUCAAGCUGCGAUGUCGAUGAAACAAGGGAACUGGGAUCGCAAAAAGUUCAUGGGUGCAGAGCUAUACGGCAAAGUGCUUGGAAUAGUUGGACUUGGAAGAAUAGGCAAAGAAGUCGCUUCAAGAAUGCAGUCGUUUGGCAUGAAGACUAUCGGCUAUGAUCCAAUCACUCCUCCUGAGGUGUCAGCGAGCUGGGGGGUGGAGCAAAUGUCCCUGGAGCAGCUUUGGCCCCAGUGUGACUAUAUCACAGUCCACACUCCUCUAAUGCCCUCUACUGUUGGUCUGCUUAACGAUGAAACGUUUGCUAAAUGCAAGAAAGGAGUAAAGGUCGUGAACUGUGCACGAGGAGGUAUCAUCGAUGAGGCUGCUCUCCUCAGAGCUUUGGAGUCCGGGCAGUGUGGAGGAGCAGGGCUCGACGUCUUUGUCGAGGAGCCACCUAAGGACCGCUCACUGGUGGACCAUCCCAAUGUUAUCAGCUGUCCUCACCUGGGAGCCAGUACCAAGGAGGCUCAGGCGCGCUGUGGGGAGGACAUCGCCCUGCAGAUUGUGGACAUGGUGAAGGGAGAGAGACUGGUGGGAGCAGUAAACGCGCAGGUUUUGGCGAGCACCUUCUCUCAGGAAUCUCACGAACUGAUUAAACUCGGAGAGGCUGUUGGAGCUGUGCUGCAAUCGUGCACCGCUUCAAAGAAACCAUUCAGUCAGAUCCAAAUAACCACUCUAGGUGACUGCAUGAAGUCCUCCACUGGUUACAUGACUUCAGCAGUGAUGGUUGGACUGCUGAAUCAAGAAUCUGGCUGCUGCCCAAACCUCAUCAACGUACUGAGCCUAGCCAAGGAGUCUGGAAUCACGGUAAACCAAGCCCACUGUGCAUCUGACAGCACUGCUGGAGUGUGCAGGGUGGAGAUCCUGGCCAACGGCUGCGGCUACAAAGCCAGUGGUUCAGUUCAAGGUGGUGUGCCGGUCCUGCUGGAGCUGAGUGACAGCGUUUUCAGACAACCGGUCUCUCUCGUUGGGAAUCUGCUGUUCUUCAAAGCCUCUGCGAGUCCUCAGCUCCUGUCCUCAGUGGCUGGACUGCUGGCCACAGAGGGAGUGGAGAUUGAGUCUUUCAGUGCUCCCUCAGAGCGCACCGGGGAUCUGUGGUAUUGUGUGGGGGUGUCCUCUCUCCUACGAGACCUCAGCAUCUUGAAGCCGUUGGUUAAGGAGGCCGCGCAGCUCGCCGUUUAAGUGACAGCAGCAAAACUUGCACAGUGCUAGGAUAACGUUCAGUAUCUGAAAAUCUUAACACGUUCAAGAGUCUAAUAUAAUUGAUCUGCCUUGGUCUUAGUGUUUACAGCUAACAACUUGUUUAGAAGUUGAACACUUGUUGUUUAAAACUGGCAUUUUGAUAACAUUCCAGUGUUUAGAUGGAUUACAAACGCUUUGUUGAAGUGAAACUAAGUGAAAUGUUUCUAUCUCACGUGCUGUUUGUUUUGUCGUUUGACCAUUUCAAAGCAGAGAUGUAAAAUAAAACACGCUUACUAAGAA